AUGCCGGCCGGGUUUCAGCAACUCGGGGGGGAGACAGUGACAGGAACCCUUGCUCUCUCAGUCUUCACCGCUGUACUGGGAUCUCUGGAGUUUGGGUACAACAUCGGUGUCAUCAAUGCACCUCAGAAGAUCAUUGAGGCUGACUAUAAUGCAACAUGGGUGCACCGGUAUGGAGUGCCUAUCCCCACAGGGACCCUCACCUCCCUCUGGUCCCUGUCUGUGGCCAUCUUUUCCAUUGGAGGCAUGCUCUCCUCUUUCUGUGUGGGGUUCAUUUCCGAGUGGCUGGGCAGGAGGAAAGCAAUGCUCAUUAAUAACUUGUUCGCCUUCAUUGGAGGAAGUCUGAUGGGGCUGGCCAAGCUCUGCAGGUCCUUUGAGAUGAUGAUCCUCGGCCGUUUCAUCAUUGGUGCCUUCUGCGGGUUAGCAUCAAGCUUGACACCGAUGUAUGUGGGUGAGAUUGCUCCUACCAGUCUGCGAGGGGCACUGGGCACACUGCAUCAAAUGGCUAUAGUCACUGGUAUUCUCAUAGCACAGAUCCUCGGUUUGGAGUCUUUAUUGGGCAGUGAGGAGUUGUGGCCCGUCCUGAUGGGUUUAACUGUUGUCCCGACUGUACUUCAGAUGGUUCUUCUGCCUUUCUGCCCUGAGAGCCCCCGAUUCCUCUACAUCGUUCGCUGCCAGGAGCACCACGCCAAGAGUGGCCUCAGGAGGCUGACUGGUCGGCUGGAGGUGGGGGACAUGCUGGCAGAGAUGAAAGAGGAGAAGAGGAGGAUGGACAUGGAGAGGAAGGUCUCCAUUCCAGAACUCUUCCGUUCUCCGCUGUACCGCCAGCCAAUCAUCAUUUCCAUCCUGCUGCAGCUCUCCCAGCAGCUGUCUGGGGUCAAUGCAAUUUUCUACUACUCCACCAGUAUCUUCAUGAAGGCAGGAGUCCAGAGUCCAGUCUAUGCCACCAUAGGAGCUGGCGUAGUGAACUGUGCCUUCACUGUGGUCUCGCUCUUUCUGAUAGAGAGGAUGGGACGGCGGACGCUCCACAUGCUAGGGCUGGGUGGGAUGUGCAUCUGUGCCAUCAUUAUGACCACGGCUCUUGCCUUACUGGACAGUAUUCCUUGGAUGAGCUACAUCAGUAUGCUGGCCAUCUUUGGUUUUGUGGCCUUCUUUGAAGUCGGCCCAGGCCCCAUCCCCUGGUUUUUUGUUGCGGAGCUGUUCUCUCAGGGUCCAAGGCCGGCUGCCAUGGCUGUGGCCGGCUGCUCCAACUGGACCGCCAACUUCAUCAUUGGCAUGGGCUUCCAGUAUGUUGCUGAACUUUGUGGGCCAUAUGUCUUCCUGAUCUUCGCAGCACUCCUCCUCUUCUUCCUUAUCUUCACAUUCUUCAGGGUGCCAGAGACGCGGGGCAAGACAUUCGACCAGAUUGCAGCAAACUUUCACCAGCGCACGCCAGCAGGAAUGAUGGAUAUGGACAUGGACCUAGACAAGCCCAGCACUGAGCUUGACUACUUGGGGGAGGAAAACAUUAACUGAGGGUCCCGGCCUGAAGGAGGGAAGACAGGCUGGCAGACAUAGAUGGGACUGAGUACCACUUGGGGUGAACUGGGCAUAAGGGCUUAACUCCAAAGUUUUAUUUUCUGACAUGUAUAUUGAGGUCUAUUGUUGUAUUCUUCUAGAUUGCGGUGCCAAAGCAGUGUUAAAGGUGUGUGACAAUUUAGGUGGAGGAUCAUUUAUCAACUGUCCUUUGCUGGUGCCACUGCAGUACAAAGUUAAUGAUUAUGAAUUAAGCCUCGACAAAGGAAAACAUGUGGAUUACAACUUGGCUUCUGUAGUUUUAAAGAAUAAGAUGCACAUAAGUGUUUUGACUGUUGAGGCAUUAACUGCCAGUGUGGUAGGAUUUUAUUCCAUGGUGAUGCACUCAGUUGCAAUACUGACAGACGGAGGUGGCGAGACUUUGGAAUUCCUGCACUUUAUCUACAAAUCUACAAGUUUUCAGAGCUUGAAGGUUUAAAAAAACAAAAAAAACAGCCAUGGAGUUGAGCAUGCUUGACAAUUUUUUAACUAAAGCUGGGAACGACUCGACGUAAGCAAGAGACAGUUCAAAUUUUAAAAUGCCUAACAUGAUCAUGAUUUGUACAGUAACAAAAUGCAACAUUUUGAUGUAAUCUUAAUGGCCAACUGGUCUAAGGCUUAACUGGAAAGUGAAUCCUAACUCUUUACAUUACAAAAUAACUAGUGGAUACUUUUUCCUCAGAAGUUGCUAUUGUUGUAUCUUAAAAAUAUUGCCAGUUUUAGGCAAAGUUCAGUUGUGGGUUCCCAGCUUCAGUAAAGACAAGCGCCAUUAAUAAGUAUUUUUCUGAUCAUGAAUAACUCAUUGCACAGCCUGCAGAAAUGCUACUUUAAAAGAAACAAAAAUCUAUUUUACUACGUCAUGUGUACAUAGUGUGUUGGUUCUUCAUAUACAGUUUUAUGGUAUGAGGGUCUUCUUUAUGCACUCCAGUAGGGGUUUGAUUUUAUGAACAGAGGCCCAAUAUCCUGGACUAGUCUUGGGCAAGAUGUGCAAUCACAAAGGCUGCUUGUAAAGAGGAGAUCUUGUAGGUUAAUUUUGUAUCACACAGGCAUUGAGAUUGUGUAUUUUUCCUGACAUCUGGUGUGCUGUUUGCCCUCUGUUCUUUAAUUGGUGUGUAUCACCACCUUCUAAAAUAUUUGUAUGGAGAUUGUUCAGAGAGGAUCUAUGAUUUGUAUAAAAGCGUGAAUAUUGA